AUGCAUCUUCUCUUCCUUCAGCUGUUGCUACUCCUGCCUCUAGGGAAAGCUGCAAGGCACGGGGAUGGCCGCCAGAGUCAGAAUUCUGUUUCUCUCUUGCUCCUAGAAAGGCAUCGCAGAGAGCUCUCCUUGGGCAACCAUGAGGAAGCUGAGGAGAAGCCAGAUCUGUUUGUGGCAGUGCCACACCUAAUAGAUGCCAGCACUGCAGGGGAAGGCCAGAGGCAGAGAGAAAAGAUGCUGUCCAGGUUUGGGAGAUUCUGGAAGAAGCCUGAGAGAGAGCUGCACCCACCCCAGGGCUCAGUCAGUGAGCAAUUCUUCCCUGGGACCCAGGGUCUCACUCAGCCAAAGGAUGGGAUGCCAAUGGAGAAAUCUCCUCUUCGGGAAGAAGCCAAGAAAUUCUGGCACCAUUUCAUGUUCAGAAUGAGUCCAGCUUCUCAGGGGAUCAUCCUGCCCAUCAAAAGCCAUGAAGUGCAUCGGGAGACCUGUAGGACGGUGCCCUUCAGCCAGACUAUCACCCAUGAAGACUGUGAGAAAGUGGUUGUACAGAACAACCUUUGCUUUGGAAAAUGCGGGUCUGUUCGUUUUCCUGAAGCUGCGCAGCACCCCUACACCUUCUGCUCCCACUGCCUACCUGACAAGUUCACCACGAUGCACUUGCAGCUCAACUGCACUGGCCUUGCCCCCGUGGUCAAGCUGGUGAUGCUGGUGGAGGAGUGUCAGUGCAAGGUGAAGACAGAGCAACAGCAUGGCCACCCCGAACAGGCUGGCUUUCAGGCAGAAUUUCACGUCCAGGAUCCCUUUAUCCCAGGACUUUCAACAUAAAAAAAAGCCAUCCCACUAUUAUCAGCAAAGUUGCUGAUUAUUCAGUCUGAAAUGUUAAGUGGGUAUGUAGUAUUUUAAGAGAAAUGUGGUUUACAAAGUAAGAACGAUUUAGAGGUCAUGGCAUUCAUCUAGUUAUCGGUGCACAUUUGGGAUCUGGUCAUGACUCUGCCGCUAACUGGCUGUAGGAUGUUAACAAGUUGCAAAGGCUUUCACCCCCUUAAAUUUUUCAUCUGUAAAGGAGGGACUUGAACUAGAUGAUAGCUAAGGUCCUUUCCGCUACUAGUAUUACAUGAUCUAUUGUCUACAAGUUUUGGUAAAAGCCUUCCAUCUGGAGAAAGAAAAGAAACUAGACCAUAAAAAUGGGUUUCUUUAAUAGCUUAUCAAAGCAUUAGCAGAAAACUAUAUGUAUAUAUUUAUACAUAUAUGUAUAUGCAUGUAUAUAUACAUAUCUGUAUGGUAUUUGUAGAAAGGAUUCCUCAUACUUAUAGCUGCCUUUGCCCUCAGGCCGUGUUUUAUUUGACUUCUAUCAGAUGAUUAAGUAGUUCCAUAGAUGGAAGGAGUAACUUGUUUGGUUGCCUCCUUAUUUUUGAUACUCCCCAUAUAAAAUUCUUGAUGUCAGAUCUCCAGCUUUGAAGAAGGAACAUUGACGUUACUUGUAGUGGUUUACAUAGGGAUAAGGAACAAUCAUCAGUAGCCAAACUAGUACUUAAAAUAUGGGGAAGGAAAAAUAUAUGACCAGUACCAGGUUUAAAGGUUAAUCCAGAAAUGCUAAUGCAAGUGACCAAGGAAUUCCAGUAGAUAUCAAAUUAAAUAAACUGCAAAUGAUUUAAAAUUUAAAAAACAAUUUACAGGUGAAACCCUUAUCCACAUGCAUUUUGGAUUAGGUAGUUUAGUAAGGGUUCUGUGUUUGGAUGACUGUGUUUUUGCUACUGUAUAAAAACUCCGUGUUACAAAUUUUACUUGCCAAUGUCAC